AUGUCAUCGAUGCUGAAAGAAAUUGUUCUGCUAGCAGCAAUGCUCGUCGCGAUCACAAACGCGUCAGUGCAAUCCAUAUCGGUCAAAGGCCGACUUGCGUGCGAUGACAAGUCGCUAAGAAACGUUCACGUCGAGCUGAAAGAACGCGAUACUUUUGAUCCCGAUGAUUCGCUUGGAGUAGUGCACUCGGAUAAAGAAGGCCAUUUCGAAGUGAGUGGCCAAGAAGACGAGUUCUCGAUUGAACCAUACUUAGUGAUCACACACAAUUGUGACGGUGGUGUUAUCAAUCCGAGUUGCACAAUAACGGAUGAAUAUCCCAUCAGCAAAGAACAUAUCAAUGGUGUCUAUGAUAUGGGCAUUGUCAGUUUGAAUAUUGUUCCUGAAAAACGUCAUCGGCGAUGCAAAUAA